UCCUUCUUACCGCCCGGACUAUUCAGUCACUCGCGCCAUACAACAAACUGCGUCUGUCGAACUUCACUUAAUAAAGACCUACUGACGCCCAACUUGCAUGAAGUCAGUGACGUGGACGUUGUUUUCUAUGGAGUUCCCACUUGUGUUUUAGCCGCAGUUACCUGUCAGGUAAUAGGUAGGCACGUUGCAAUAGAUGACGCACACAUCCUCCAUGGACAAAAGCUUUCAAUGAAACGAAACUGGUCUCCCAACACGGACAUAUUUGGGUUUUGCAUUUUGUGAACCAGAUCUUUAGGCACUAUGGGGAACUGUCAGUGCCGAAAAGAUGGAAAACACAACAAUAUCAGUAUGGAUGAUAUCACUGUUUAUCCGAAACAAGAGAAGACCAUAUAUCGGGCUAUGUACGACUAUAAAGGAACACAUGAAGACGAUUUGCCCUUCAAACUGGGAGACCGCUUUCGGGUGGAUGAAACAAGUCAGGACAGCGACUGGUGGAUGGCCACCAACAUCGUCACGGGAAAGAAGGGGUACAUCCCCUUGAACUAUGUGUGCAAGGACGAUGAUUCGCCGCAAGCACAAGAUUGGUGGUUUGAUUUUAAUCGUAACGAUUCGAAUGACAUGCUUCUUCAUGCUGGCAACAAACCCGGAACAUUCCUUAUCCGAGAGUCCACAGACAAAUCGACCCACGUGUUGUCUAUACGAGACGCAGACCAACACAAGAAGCCAUGUGUCAAGCAUUACCGAAUCAAGAAAUUAGACAGUGGAGGAUUCUUUCUCAACCCGAAGACACCAUUCUCAAGCAUGAUAGAUCUUGUAAACCACCAUAAACAACAUCCAGAUGGGAUAAGCAGGAAGCUGGCAGGGGCGUGUCCGAAGCUUCCACCACCAGUUCACUUCCGGGAACUACAGGUGGAUCGGAGCGCAGUACAGACACAACAAAAGCUUGGGCAAGGAUGUUUCGGUGAGGUGUGGAAAGGCAAACUGUGGAAUAUUCUAGACGUUGCCGUGAAGUCGCUGAAGCCGGGCACGAUGUCCCCGGAGGCGUUCCUGGAGGAGGCUAAGAUCAUGCACCAGCUGCGUCACAAGAAGCUGGUUCAGCUGAGGGCCGUGUGCAGCAGUGAGGAGCCCAUCCUCAUCAUCACGGAGCUGAUGGUUAACGGCUCCCUGCUGGACUACAUCAGGAAGGAUAAGGGAAGCAGCAUUAAAUUCCCCGAUUUAAUCAAUAUGGCAAGUCAGAUUGCGGAGGGCAUGGAGUAUUUGGAAAGCAAAAACUUUGUUCACCGAGAUUUAAGGACAGCAAACAUUCUGGUCGGAGAUCAGCAUAACGUCAAGGUAGCGGACUUCGGUCUGGCAAGAAUUCUUGAAGAUGGAGUGGACUAUACGGCUGAUGCAAGAUCAAGAUUUCCCAUUAAGUGGACUGCACCAGAAGCAGCUAAUUACAGGAAAUUCUCUGUCAAGUCGGACGUGUGGUCAUUUGGAGUCCUCCUGUAUGAACUCGUCACUUUCGGGCGUGUCCCGUACCCAGGUAUGUCAAAUCCUGAAGUUAUACGACAAAUUGGAGCGGGUUAUCGGAUGCCCAAACCCUCCGGAGCGAUGAGUUUCCCAGAUUCCUACUAUGACGUCAUGAUGCAUUGCUGGAAGAGGCAACCAGAAAGUCGGCCAACCUUUGCGUACCUACACAGUUUAUUCUCAGACUAUUUCGUGUCGACGGAGUCUGGCUAUAAAAGCACGGAUGAAUUUUGAAGUUGAAUACAAGAACGAACAUACAGAUUUUAUUGGAGCUUCAGUUUUAUCUGUAGAUUGUUUGUUUGUUUGUUUGUUGUUUUACGCCGCACUCAGCAACAUUCCAGCUAUAUGACGGCGGUCUGUAAAUAAUCGAGUCUGGACCAGACAAUCCAGUGAUUUACACCAUGAGC